UCCACCGUCUGCAUUCUGCUGCUUUCAUUCCUUGCGGGCAUCCUGAAGCUGACCUCUUCCUGUUUCUUUUUCUUCUUUCUGAGAAAUGGCGUUAAACGGUAAAAGUGCAGUGGUGACCGGAGCAGCGAUGGGAAUAGGAAGAGCAAUAACGGAGAUCCUUCUGCAAAACGGUGCUCAGGUAGCCCUCCUGGAUGUGAAUAAAACUGCAGGAGAGAGUUUAAUGGAAGAGCUGAACAAACAAUACGGAGCAGACAGAACUUUGUUUCUGAGCUGUAAUGUUGAAUCAGAGGAGCAGAUCAAAGCUGCCUUUCAGAAAACUGCAGAAACCUUCGGAGGAAUUGACAUCCUGUGCAACAACGCCGGCAUCUUGAAUGAGAGCACUUGGGAGAAAACUGUCUCCAUAAACCUUAUGGGCGUUAUCAGGGGGACGUACUUGGCUCUGGAGCACAUGAGCAAGUUGAGCGGAGGUCGAGGAGGAGUCAUCAUCAACACAGCAUCCAUGGCAGGUAUCGGUCCUUUGCCGACCUGUCCUGUCUACACAGCCACCAAGAGCGGAGUGGUCGGCUUCACCAGAGCCAUGGCGACUGCCUCUGCUGCAUCGGGCUACGGAAUACGGAUCAACGUCCUUUGCCCAGGUUUCGUCCAGACUGACCUCAUGUCCAACAUCACUACCAGACUGGGACAGUUCUCCCACCUGGCUGAUUUAGCCCAUCAGCUAAUAGACAAGAUUGGGAUAAUAAAGGUGUCUGACGUGGCUGAGUGCCUCCUCGAGCUGGUGACGGAUGACACCAAAAAUGGAGAAGCACUCAUGGUGUUUGAGAAAGGAAGGCAAUACGUGAAUUUUCCAUCCUUCACCCAGUAGCUCUCGGCAGAAUAUCAUCCCUCAGACUGAAUCCUGCAAUCAAUGUUCCUCAGUCUUUUCAUGUAUGAAAUUUAACUGAGCAGCAGAUGAGGAGUUCCAUCUUAAAUACCUUUAAGAGUUGUCGAGAUGUUGUACAUAAAAACAUCCUCAUUAAUUUGAACAUCGGCAAUUUGCUUCUUUACUGUUUUUUGUAAAUUUUCGAGUUAUAGAACUGCUAAAUAUCAAUCAACACUUUUGCUAAAGUACAGAAAAUGUGUUCACAUGUGUGUAAACAUGUGGAUCUGCACAUGUUAGGGUGAUAUUGUGCAAACUGAAGGUGGGACAUUUGAAAAUUUACAAAAAGACAAAACUGCAACGUUGUGUGUUGACCAUCAGGUGCUGCUCUUUAGCUGAAAAAUGCACCCAUCCUAAUGGGUCAGUUCAUUUAUAAAAUCAAGUUUGAAUUUAACUGUUUCAACCACUCAAUUUU